GGGUGAGGGAAGAACCAAAGGGCCUCAAACCCUCGGCGCCUUCCCGUUACCCGGCAACAAUCCAGAACUACAAUUCCCGGCGAGCGCCGCAACCUGGCACUUCCGGUAUCCGGCGGUGCGGGAGCGGAGAGAGGGGGGAGCAUGGCGAGCCCGGGAAACUCCGCGGUCCGGGUGGAGGCGAGGGCGCUCGAGGCCGUGCCGAGAGACCGCGUCCACAUGCUUCCCGUCACCAUCGAGUCCGACGGCAACGCCAGGGUAGAUCAGUACUUCACGCCGGCAAUGCGGGAGCGCGAUGGCGAGCUGCUGGUCUCCUAUCGCGGCCGGGCACUGCGGGGCCGAGAUCUCCCUGUGCCCCCUGGCUACGUCGGGCUCGUGCUGAGAGAGGACCAGAAGCCGUGCUCGGAUGAGGAGGAGCGUGCCGUCAGCGUGAAGUCGGCCUUCUCGUCGCUGACGUACUGGAACCUGGAGACGCGGCCAACACCGGACGACACCGUGGUGAUGGCGAUGGGCUGGACACAGAUUGCCCAGGCUCUGCACGCCCCGGUGGGAGAAGAGUGAGACCGGGCAGAAACGAGACUGCACCCCUCUGCCGCAGAAAGAAAACUUUCCUCACUGGCUGUGCGGCCCCCAAGCAGAAAUAAAGAGCUUUUACAUUUUUCUAAUACUGUAUAAACGAGUGUC